AUGGGUCUGGUGGAUGGCAUUUCGUUUCUGCGGUACGCCCAGGAAGCGCCGUCUAUAUAUGUCUUGCCUCUCGGCGUAAGAAGGGCGGCUACUACGCUGUUGCGCUGGCCCGAGAUCGGCAGGGCCUCGUUCUCGACGAGUCGGCGAGCGCCAACGGGUUCAUCUCUGCAGCAAAGCAGCGGCUCGGUUGAAGCUCCGCUCGACCUGCAGCGAAGCGACAUGCGCUUCCUAUCCAUCCAUCCAACGCGACUCGCCGAGAAGAUUCCAGGCGUCGGUCCGAACGAGCAGCGGCAAAUCUUUUGCGCUCGAGCCUAUAAUGAGCGCAUUUGGCAUGCGGCCUCGUCCGGACGGCGGAAGGCGGCGAGUCGAGGAUCAACCUUCUGCGAAACACGGGCCGAGCCGAAGCCACACCAUGCAGGACCAGCCACUGCCCUGAGCCACAGCCCUGAUCGAGGCCUCGUCUUUCGAAGCGCCAAAAAAGCAAAGCUGCCGUGGGAAGUUUGCGGACACGAAGAUGUGGGAGCCGGACUGGAGCGGGGACCUUUGACGCCGAGGCUUGGCAUGGAUGCAUGGCCGCCAGCUCUCGGUGGCUAUUUGCCACGGAACCCCUGCACCGGAGCUUACGGCGUGGGCGGCAAGCUGUACUCUGAGACAACUGACGAUCCUUCGCAGCAAGCAACUUGUGUGGAUGCGGCAACGCCCUUCUUGCUCAUCCGCAUCGCAGACUUUGCGCUCUGCUUUGCCUCCAUUCGGACAUUUCCGAACAACGAUUGGCUGGUCUUUGACCGAGCCUAUGCGGUUGCGCUAUCAACCUUUGCAUCACUCGCAAGCUCGGAUCUCCCGGCAGACACGGUAGCAAAGCUUGUCGUUCGUUCGGCCAAGCCGCCGAUCCCAGGGCCGAGCAGCGAUCCACACCGACCGACAUCCCUCUCUACCGCAAAAGGCUAG